AUGAAGGAUGUUUUUGACAUGAGCAAAUGGUAUAAGUCUACAGGCAUCUUCCAAAGCCCUCUACUAAAAGAUCCGCUAAGGCCCAACAGCCUCCCAGCAGUUACUAUACACGAGAAACGAGACGUACUAGUCCGCAAUCUUCUCCAGAACUCAGCAGAGGCAGGAGACAUACCUCUGGACUCCCCAACAGUGCCUUCCACUAGUCUCUACUUCCCAGAUAUAUCGAUGCUACAAGUGGAGGAAUCUGCAACUGACCUGACCACAUGCCUAACACAUGAUGUUGAACAAGCGCUAAAUCAAGACAUGACUGCCUCACUCCUUACCCUAGAUGUCAAAGGCGCCUUUGAUUCCGUACUUCCCGGCAGACUGAUCCGCAGACUACGCGAGCAGGGCUGGCCUACCAAUCUCGUUCUCUGGAUUGCCUCCUUCGCUACUGGAAGAUCAGUUCAGAUCCGACUCGAUGGAGAGAUCGGCCCCUCAACAGACAUUACCUGCGGUCUUCCACAAGGAUCCCUAGUAUCUAGCAUUCUUUUCAUGCUCUACAUAGCGCCUCUAUUCCAUCUAGGAAACCCAAGGAACAGAUUUGGUUACGCGGACGACGCAGCCAACCUGGCAAUCUCAACUUCUCUUACUACUAAUUGCAAAGCCUUAUCAGACUUACUUCAAGAAGCCUUUAAUUGGGGCGCUGCAGAGGGCAUUACAUUUACACUAGAUAAAUACAAGCUUCUUUACUUCUCCCAACAUAAAGCAGACCAGGACCCAACCCGCACACCUUCUAUGAAAGCUAGAUCUAUUACAAUAUCAGAAAACACUAAACAGCUAUAUCUACAAUAG